AUGGCGUUUCUUCAGGUUGUCACGACCAGUGUUGUCGUGGCCCUUCUUUGGGUGGUCACCGAGUCAAUCCGCCGUCUUUUCUUUCACCCUAUAUCCCACAUUCCAGGUCCCCGCCUGGCCGCUCUGACUUGGUGGUACGAAUUCUAUUACGAUGUCAUCCUUCCAGGCAGGUAUAUUUUUAAGAUACAAGAGCUCCACCUUGAAUAUGGACCGAUUCUUCGCAUCACCCCCGAUGAAAUUCACAUAAACGAUGUUGGCUUCUUGGACACGGUCUAUUCUGGCUUGAGAGACAAGUAUGAGUACCCAUUACGGGCCCUGCGAGUGCCUGGGGGGGUAGGCACCACAGCAGAUGCCAAGCUCCACAAGUUGCGCCGCGAAGCUCUCGUGCCCUUCUUCAGCAAACGCAAUGUUCUAUCACUGCAGCAUUUGGUUACAGAAAAGGUCGACCAGCUAUCUGACAUCAUCGCAAAACACGCCAGAGAAGCAUCGCAAGUUAAUCUAUCAGACCUUUUUUUUGCAUUCUCCAACGAUGUGGUGACCAACUUCUUGUUCGCCCACAAGAUGAACGGCCUGGCAGAUGAGAAACAGGCAGGUAUAUCUCGAAAUAACAGCAAACAACUGCUUCUGGGGGUCCAUAUCAAUAAACAUUUCCCCUGGAUCCCGGAUUUCCUCGAGGCACUUCCUAUCUCUAUCAGCAGGCCCUUGAUGCCCCCAGGUCUCAUUGAUAUGUUCAACCUGUUUGACAGAGUUCGCGAAGAAAUCUCUGGUAUCAUGAAAACACAGUCUGCUGGAACUAAUAGAAAAAGCGGCCGAAGUGCGACCGAAAAAGAAGCCGUCUACGAGUCUGUCCUUGUCAACGAGUCCCUCCCGCCCCAAGAAAGAACCUUGACUCGAUUGGAGCAGGAAGGCGCCCUUCUCGCCCUUGCCGGGACAGAAUCCCCAGCCCUAUCCCUCAGCAUAAUUUUCUACCACCUGCUCGCCAACCCGUCCAUUCUAAAUAAGCUUCGCGCCGAGCUCGAAACAGUCCCAGCCGACGCUCCAUGGUCUCAACUAGAACAGCUCCCUUACCUUAUGGCAGUCAUUGAAGAGGGCAACCGUCUUUCAUUCGGUGUGACGGCACGCAUCGGCCGUCGUGCAUAUGAGGAGCUACUUUUCACUCCAUCACUUUAUGCCGCCGCCCCUGGCACUGGAAAAUCCUACAAGAUCCCCGCGCGUACACCGAUAAGCAUCUCCACACUAAGCGCACAUACCGCACAUUCCAUCUUUCCGGACCCAUUUACCUUUGAUCCUGAACGCUGGCUGGGGGAGGCUGGUCGGGAGCGCAAACGGUUCCAAAUGGCGUUUACCAAAGGGAGUCGUAAAUGCCUGGGGAUCGAGCUUGCCAAUGCUGAGCUCUGCUUGGUUAUUUCGGCUUUAGUUCGCUCAUUUGAAAUGGCUCUUUACGAUACCGACGCCAGAGAUGUCUCCUUCGAGCAUGACUAUCAAAUCGCGAUGCCGAAGACAGGGUCGAAAGGCGUCAGGGCAACCGUCAGAUUCAAGGUUUGA